AUGGUCGAAAUUAACAAGAGCCCUCCCAACAAGAGUGAGACGUCUGCGUCCAGCACGUCCAGCGAGACGAGCGAGUGGAGCCGGCCGCGGCUGAGUCUGUCGGGCUCGCCAUUCACGCAGUCCAUAUGGACGUGUUCCACAGCGGCCUCGCCGAAAGGACGGGGUCCUGCGCUGCACGCGUCGUUCACCACGGUGGACGACACCGCGGUGGAAUCCGACGAGAAUAUGGACAGUCUGGAGGAUUUUGUUCCGGGAUCUUUGAGCGAGCUGCUCACGACAGAGGAGCUGAGACGGCGCAGCAAGCCUGCGGACGAGCUCGUGCACGAACGCAACGAAUUUAGAGAGCUCCGCGACCGGAUCGGCAAGGGAGGCAGAGAGCUAUGGGACAUGCAGUUUGUAAUGGAGUAG